AUGGCCACCCCCAAUGUUCUUACUUUUGACGCUGAGGGGAGGGCCAUUGACUUUGCCGUCUGGAUUGAAGACCUGCAGCUGUACUUACUGUGUGAUGCGAUAGAUGAGGUCUCUCUCUUUGACUUUGUCUCUGGAGCUGUCCUUGCCCCGCCUGCUGAUGCUGACUCUGCCGUUCGCUCCAAGUGGGCGACCCGCGAUGCUGCUGCACGUCUUGCUGUGCGUCGCCACCUCCCUUCCUCUGAGCGUGCCCACUUUAGUCAGUGCAAGACCGCUCAGGCCUUGUACGACGCUGUAGUUGCACGCUACUCCUCCCCUUCCUCCGCUACCCUUAGCCGCCUCAUGCUACCGUUUCUCUUCCCUGACCUCGCUUCCUUUCCCACUGUCGCUGACCUCGUUACCCACCUCCGCGCUAGUGACGCUCGCUACCGCGCUGCCCUUCCUGCUGAGUUCCGCGCCGCAAACCCUCCUCCCAUGUAUAUCACUCUCUACUUUCUCGUCACCCGUCUUCCUGAGUCCCUUCGUGUCGUUAGGGACCAGUUUCUCUCUGUCUGUCCCACCACCCUCACUGUCGACCUCCUUGAGGAGUCCCUGCUAGCGGCUGAGAAGAGUAUAGUCGCUGUAGGGGCCUCUAGGGGUGACCCUCGCACCCCCAUCUUUGAGGGGUGUUCUCCUUCCCCCCUGCUGCCCUCUGUCGCCUCUGCUGCUACGGCCGACCUCGCUGGUUUUGAGUCGGUCGGUGCGGCGUCUGCCCCCAGCGGCAGACGCCGCUCUGGCAAGAGCAAGGGGGGCAAGGGAGCGGGUGGAUCUAGAGGAGGCAGUGGCGGAGGAGGUGGGGGUGGCGGGGGGAGUGGGGGUGGCGGUGGAGGUGGUGGCGGGAGUGGGGGUACCGGUGGAGGAGGUGGAGGCGGAGGUGGCGGCGGAGGCGGCAGCGGAGGAGGCGGGGGCGAGGGUACCGGUGGGGGCGGUGGCGGUGGAGACGGGGGUGGCGGUGGAGGCGGGAGUGGCGGUGGAGGCGGGAGUGGCGGUGGAGGCGGGAGUGGCGGAGGCGGCGGGGGUCGGAGUGGCUCGUCCCAGCGGAGCAGCUCUGGGGGUGGUCAGCGCCAGCAGCAGCAGCAGCAGCAACAGCGGUCUCGCACCGUCCCCGCCCCUCAGCAGCUCCGUGAGUGGUACUUGCAGCGUCAGCGUGGUGGUGCGUUUGGUCCCUGCCCCUACGUUCUUCGCACCGGCGACCGUGCGGGGGAGAGGUGUGGAGGCACCCACACAGCCCGCCGCUGCUUUGGCCGCCUGACUGACGCCUGGCGUCAGCAGUUUCCGGAGGCCGCUGAGAUCCCCCGCUGGGGAGAGCUGUCUAGGGCUGGUGUAGCCAUUUAUGAUCUUGACUUUGAUGCUAUUCUCUCUGCUAUGUAUGCUGUGACUGGUAGUGAUGAGGAUGACUGUUACCGGUGUUUCCCGCCCGACCCGGGCAUUGGUACUGCCGCGUCAGGUACUAGUGAGGCUGCUGCUCUAGGUGCCAGUGCGUCUGUGCUCUCAGGUGCUGGUGAGUCUGCCCUCUCAGGUACUGUGUCGGCUUCGGCCUCUCACACCUUCACCCUUGACUCUGGAGCGUCUCGCUCCUUCUUUAGGGACCGCACCACUCUCACGCCGCUGAGUCGGCCGGUUGCGGUGUCCCUGGCUGACCCCUCUGGGGGGCCUGUCCUGUCUCGCUUCUCCACUGUCCUCCCGUGUCCGGCGGCCCCCUCUGGCACCCUGACUGGUCUCUACCUCCCCUGGUUCUCGACGAACUUGGUGAGUGGUGCUGACCUCCAGGAUGCGGGUGUCCACCAGUUCACCCCUGCUCGUCAGCGGGUGACUCACUGCACUGAGGCGGAUACAGGUCGCCACCUGGCUACGUUCACACGUCGGCCAGGGUCGAGCCUGUACAUACUGACCACUGCUUCUCCUCCAGGUACUACGUCUGGUAGGGUCCCUUCGUCUGGUCAGGGGCGCCAGCGUGCUGCCCCUCACUCCUCCCAGUUUCCUCCGACAGAGGCCCCGUUGCAGACGCUUCACAUGGACGUGUGGGGCCCAGCCCGCGUCCGUGGACAGGGUCAGGAGCGCUACUUCCUGCUGGUGGUUGACGACUACUCGCGUUACACCACAGUCCUCCCCUUGCGCAGCAAGGGUGAGGUCACUGAGGUGUUGAUCGACUGGAUCCGCGCAGCUCGUCUCCAGCUUCGGAGGAGCUUUGGCUCUGACUUUCCUGUUUUGCGUCUGCACUCGGACAGAGGCGGAGAGUUCUCCUCUGGCCUCCUGAGUGCCUACUGUCGUGCGCGAGGCAUUCGUCAGACCUUCACGCUUCCGGACUCACCACAGCAGAAUGGGAUUGCUGAGCGCCGCAUUGGCAUGGUCAUGGACGUCGCUCGUACGUCCAUGAUGCAUGCGGCUGCCCCCCAUUUUCUGUGGCCGUUUGCGGUCAGGUACGCCGCGCAUCAGAUCAACCUUCACCCCCGGGUCUCUCGACCCGCGAUGUCCCCAGUCUUGAUGUGGACGGGGAAGGUUGGCGAUGCGUCGGCGUUCCGGGUCUGGGGAUCUCGGGCGUUUGUCCGCGACUUGUCUGCGGACAAGCUGUCCCCUCGCGCUGCUCCCUGCGUCUUCCUGGGGUUCCCCCCCGACGCCCCUGGGUGGCAGUUCUACCACCCCACCUCUCGACGUGUUCUGUCCUCCCAGGACGUCACGUUCGACGAGUCGGUACCCUACUACCGCCUCUUCCCCUACCGCACUCUGUCCCUCCCCCCACCCCCGCUCUUCUUGGUACCAGGUCCCCCCCCGGUAGUCCCCCUCCCCCCUCAGGGUCCUGCCCCUUCAGGUGUGUCCCAGGUAGACGCGGUCGAGCCUGUCGAGGUCACUGGGGACUCUGGUGCUGCUGCUGGAGCUGAGCCUGGGGGUGCGGAGUCUGGGGGUGCUGAGCCUGGGGGUGCUGAGCCUGGGGGUGCUGAGCCUGGGGGUGCUGAGCCUGGGGGUGCUGAGCCUGGGGGUGCUGAGCCUGGGGGUGCUGUGCCUGGGGGUGCUGAGCCUGGGGGUGCUGAGCCUGGGGGUACUGUGCCUGGGGGUGCUGAGCCUGGGGGUGCUUCGUCUCGCCGGGAGCCACUCUCCCCACCGGAGCUGCGUGAGUGGUUUGCCAGGCGCUGGAGGCGUGCUGCUGGUGCUGGUGGUUCUUCGGCUGCAGAGGGUACUGCUGUCGCACGUCCCGACGGUGCUCGUCCUUUGGGUGUUGGAGCUGCUGGGUCUGAGAGUUCUCCUGGAGCUGGUACUGCUGAGGGUGUUGUCGCUGAGCCUGCCGCUGGCGGUCCGCCUGCGGGUGCUCCUGGUGCUGCUUCUGGGGCCUCUGGUGGUGCUGCUGGAGGUGCUGCUGGAGUGGGUUCUCCGGCCGGGGCUGCUGGCGCUGUUCCAGCUUUUUCUAGCGUCGCCGCGCGGCCCCGACCGUACUUCGUUCCGCUCCUUCAGCAGGUUCUUGGUCUUACACCUUCUCCUCCUCCUGUAGAGGCUCCGCAGCCUGUCCAGUCACAGCCACAGCUACAGCCUGCCUCCCCUUUGCCUGCUCCUUCUCCCUACGCUGGUCCGACUGGAGGUCUUACUGAGCGUCGUGAGCCUGCGUCUCGUCCUGCGUCGCCUGUUCGUCCUGCGCGCGCUAGUGGUCGCGGUUCGCGUCAACGUCCUCCUCCUGUCCCUGGCACGCACCGGAUGUCGCUGCGUCCGUCCACUGCUCCUCUGCGUGCCCCUUUGCCUUCUCCUCCUGCUUCCUCUCUUCCUGCUCUUGCCGACCCGGAGUCGGACUCUCUUCGUGCUGCCAGUCCUACUGUCACGCGUCUCCUUGCUACUGCUGUCACUGACCCUUCCUUCGAGUCGUCUGCUGCGUCUGCCCUUGUCACUGAGCUUGUCGACUUUGCUGCGCGCUGUCGUCUCGACUACGCUGCUCGUCUUGUCACUGAGUCUGAGUCCGCCUGUCCUCCGUCCGUCGGGGGUGAGUGUGCCCUUGGCACGGACGUCCUUCAGGACAGGCAGGAGGAGUUCCAGUGUCUCGCCGCCGCUUCACCUCGUCUCGCGUCUGUACUGCUAGCCCCUGAGGGAGACCCGGAUGCACCAGACAUCCCGACUCCGCGCUCUUACGCGGAGGCGAUAGAGGGUCCCUACUCCUCUCAGUGGCAGGCAGCUAUGGAUGCAGAGAUGGCUUCCUGGAAGUCCACAGGCACCUACGUUGACGCUGUUCCCCCUCCUGGGGCGAACAUCGUCAGUGGCAUGUGGAUUUUCAGGGUGAAGCGGCCGCCGGGUUCUCCGCCUGUCUUCAAGGCGCGCUACGUGGCUCGUGGCUUCAGUCAGCGGCAGGGGGUUGACUACUUCCAGACCUUCUCCCCCACCCCGAAGAUGACCACUCUUCGGGUUCUGCUGCACGUUGCUGCUCACCGUGACUACGAGCUGCACUCUCUCGACUUCAGCACAGCUUUCUUGCAGGGCAGCCUGCACGAGGAGAUCUGGCUGCGCCGCCCACCUGGCUUCACUGGGUCUUUCCCUCCUGGUACCCAGUGGAGUCUCCGGCGUCCAGUCUACGGUCUCCGCCAGGCGCCACGUGAGUGGCACGACACACUGAGGACUACGCUCGCGGCACUUGGGUUUGCUCCUUCUACUGCCGACCCGUCGCUGUUUCUGCGCACCGACACCUCUCUGCCGCCGUUCUACAUCCUCGUGUACGUCGACGACUUGGUCUUUGCCACAGCUGACACUGCUGGACUCGCCUACGUGAAGUCUGAGCUGCAGAAGAGACACACGUGCACUGACCUGGGUGAACUGCGCAGCUACCUUGGCCUGCAGAUCACCCGGGAUAGAGCACGCCGCACCAUUACCCUGACUCAGUCACACAUGGUGCAGCAGGUCCUUCAGCGCUUCGGCUUCACGUACUCCUCGCCUCAGGCCACUCCUCUGCCUACUCGCCACUCACUCUCAGCUCUGCCUUCGGAUGAGUCCGUAGAGUCGAGUGGCCCGUUUGCAGAGCUUGUUGGCUGCCUCAUGUACCUGAUGACCUGCACACGACCUGACCUCGCAUACCCUCUUAGCAUUCUCGCACGCUUUGUUGCUCCUGGGAGACACCGACCAGAGCACAUGGCUGCAGCGAAGAGGGUGUUGCGCUACUUGUGCAGUACGUCGGGCAUGGGGCUAGUGCUUGGAGGGCGCAGUCCAGUGGUCCUCACUGGGCACGCAGACGCUUCUUGGGCUGACGACCAGGCUACGCAGCGGUCGUCACAGGGUUACUCCUUCAGCCUUGGUUCCGGCUCUGUCUCGUGGCGGGCUACCCGCUCGUCUUCUGUUCUCGGCUCCAGUUGUGAGGCUGAGAUCUACGCUGGGGCUAUGGCUGCACAGGAGUUACGCUGGCUCACCUACCUGCUGACCGACCUUGGAGAGCAGCCUCGUUCUCCUCCAGUCCUGUACGUAGACAACAAGGCCAUGCUGGCCUUGUGUCGAGAGCAGCGACUGGAGCACAGAACGAAGCACAUUGCUCUCCGCUACUUUCUUGCUCGUGAGCUACAGCAGCGUGGACAGUUGCGACUUGUGUACGUGGCCUCUGAGGCCAACACUGCUGAUGUCUUCACCAAGGCACUUGCGCCUUGUGAUCAUCAGCGUUGUUGCACGCAGUUGGGUCUUGUGCCUGUCUUGCCUCACUUGCUCUGCUCUUGA